CCGGAGCUCCGCCGCCCACCGCCGGCACCGCCGCAGCCUGCCCAGCGCCGGCAGCCCCGGGAGAUGGUGACACAUGAAGCGUGCGGGAAGGACCAUGGUUGAGAGGACCAGCAAGUUCUUGCUGAUCGUGGCCGUCUCGGUGUGCUUCAUGCUUAUUCUGUACCAGUACGUGGGGCCGGGGCUGAGCCUGGGUUCCCCCAGCGGCCGCUCCUAUUCGGAGGAGCUGGACCUCUUUCCCACGCCGGACCCGCACUACGUGAAGAAGUAUUACUUCCCCGUGCGGGAGCUGGAGCGGGAGCUCGCGUUCGACAUGAAGGGCGAGGACGUGAUCGUGUUUCUGCACAUCCAGAAGACCGGCGGCACCACCUUCGGCCGCCACCUGGUGCAGAACGUGCGGCUGGAGGUGCCGUGCGACUGCCGGCCCGGGCAGAAGAAGUGCACCUGCUACCGGCCCAACCGCAGGGAGACCUGGCUCUUCUCGCGCUUCUCCACGGGCUGGAGCUGCGGGCUGCACGCCGACUGGACCGAGCUCACCAACUGCGUGCCCGGCGUGCUGGACCGCCGGGAGAGCGCCGCAGCCAAGACUCCCCGAAAAUUUUACUACAUCACGCUGCUGAGAGACCCCGUGUCCCGUUACCUCAGCGAGUGGCGUCACGUGCAGCGAGGAGCCACGUGGAAAACCUCCUUGCACAUGUGUGAUGGCAGGACACCCACCCCCGAGGAGCUGCCCUCGUGCUACGAGGGCACGGACUGGUCGGGCUGCACGCUGCAGGAGUUCAUGGACUGCCCCUACAACCUGGCCAACAACCGCCAGGUGAGGAUGCUGGCCGACCUGAGCUUGGUGGGCUGCUACAACAUGUCCUUCAUCCCCGAGAACAAGCGAGCGCAGAUCCUGCUGGAGAGCGCCAAAAAAAACCUCAAGGACAUGGCCUUCUUCGGCCUGACAGAGUUCCAGAGAAAGACUCAGUACUUGUUUGAGAGGACUUUCAACCUGAAGUUCAUCCGGCCCUUCAUGCAGUACAACAGCACGCGGGCGGGAGGGGUGGAGGUGGACAACGACACCAUCCGCAGGAUCGAGGAGCUCAACGAGCUGGACAUGCAGCUCUACGACUAUGCAAAGGACCUCUUCCAACAGCGCUACCAGUACAAGAGGCAGCUGGAGAGGAUGGAGCAGAGGAUAAAGAACCGGGAGGAGAGGCUCCUGCACCGGUCCAACGAAGCGCUUCCCAAGGAAGAGACCGACGAGCAAGGACGUUUGCCCACUGAGGACUACAUGAGCCAUAUUAUAGAGAAGUGGUAGCCUAGGCAGACUUUUGUAUUGAUGAUACCCUAGGGGUUUCCAUAUGAGAGAGCGUGGAAGUAAAAUGGCGAAACGGCGGAAGAUAUUUUAUUUAAAAACGAGUCUGUAAAACAGAAGAUAGGUUGCUUCCUUAAGCGUAGGGUCUUUUUACUGUUUCUUACAAGACCGAUGAGAUUCUUAAAAA